UUACGGAAACCGAAAGUAAAAAUGACGUCACCGGCGUGACGGGGAACGCGGAAGUGCAGUCAGUCAGGUCGAGGCUUCAACGGAAGACACUUUUGUGGACGUUUUAGGCUUUUUUUUUUUAAAGGACAAAUUAAUCCAACUGACUUUAAAGUCAGUUCAACGCUAGAGCGCUUCCUAAAUGUUUUGGGUUGAAGCUGUGCUUUAAUUGGUUUGUAAGAAGUUUAUAACCAUCAUCAUGAGUAAUUUCGGGGACGAUAGUGAUUCUGAAGUGGAUCGGAUCAUGAUGGACCGGCCGCCCAGCAGUUACGGCUCCAUGCAUAGUGAUGAUCACGAAGAUGAAGAAGAUGAUGAAUUUGAAGAACCUCCGCUCAAACUACCAGCAACAAGGGUCAGGCUUCAGCGCUCGGAUUCGCCAGAGACUGUGAUUACUGAACGUACGAACACAAACCAGUCCAGCGUAUACAAAGAUGGACUGGUCCUGAGACCGCAGUCCAUCACGCACACAGCAGAAUCUCAUGCUCAACACAGCAUUAACAGAGAGCCGUCGAUCGUGGAGCCGUCUGAGCUUCAGAGCGACAUAAGGACAGAAGCAGCGAUGGAUGAAGAGCCGAACGACAGAGACGCGGAGAUGAAUGAGAGAGACACGCAGGAGCAGCAGAAUGAAAGUGUUGUGAUGGAGCAGGCAGAGGCGACGGAAGAGGAUGAUUUUGAUGAAAUUGUUGUUGUAGGUUUUGAAGAACAGAAAGAUUCUCCUCCUCCUCCGGAGGAAGGCGUCGGCCUACAGUUUCAACACAUGCACAGCUCCCUCACCCUGCGCCAUGUGCUAAGGCAAAUGGUGGGGUGUCUUUCCCAGCUUCAUCAGGGAGAGAUUGCCUAUUUUAAGCGCUCUCUGAGUACUCACUGCAGAUUCAGGAAGAACUACCCGAGGAUUGCGGAUCUUAAUGACCCGCUGGAUCUGGCCGAUAAAAUGAUCGAGGUCUGUGAGCUGGGAGAAGCUCUGCAUCUCACCAUACGAGCCAUCCACAAUGUUGGAAAGGAAAAUCUAGCCGAAUACCUAAGGAAGACGUGUAGAAGAGCCGUGUUACAGCAUGACCUGAAAAUAGCCCACGACCGACGCUAUUACUCUCUCUACGAAGGCCGAUGUCGUCCAGGUCAGCAGCGCUACAUUAGCGACGUCUACGUCGAGCCCGUAACAGUCAUCAGAGGCAGCAGGGAGCCCAUCAACCUCGAGAAUGAGGUCCAACGCAUACCGUAUACGAUCCAGGAGACCCAAAUCAGGGCCGCCGACAUCUUUCGGCCCCUUCCUCACGAACAGAAACCCAUCCGUACGGUCAUGAUGACGGGAAUUCCUGCCUGCGGUCUAACGGUGGCCGUGAAUAAGGUCAUCAUUGAUUGGAUGGAGAAAAAAACCAAUCAGGAUUUUCAAUUCAUCUUCCCUUUGCCAGCAAAAGAGUUGCACCUUGGGAAAGAUGGAAAUCAGAGCUUCCUAGAAAUGCUCGGUAACUUUUUUGCAGAAGCCGAUGACAUUAAAUUCAUCGAGAAGCCCGAUUGCUUGAGUCUCUUCAUCAUUGACGCUCUAGAACUUUGCAAACACAACCUGGACUUUAAAAACAAUGAAGUUAUCUCAAGCGCCAGGGUAAAAGCACCAUUAGACGUCCUUCUCACCAGCCUAAUAAAAGGCACAUUGCUUCCUAACGCUCGAGUUUGGAUCACCAGCCACGUCACUGCCGCCCACCGAAUUCCUCCACAGCUAAUCGACAGGUAUGUAGAGUUAAGAGGAUUCACGGAUGAAAAGAAGGAAGAGUAUUUUACAAAGAGAACCACUGAUCCUGAGCUCGGUAGGAAGGUUUAUAACCUCAUGAAACGCUCCAAGGCCCUUGAGAUCAUGUGCCACCUUCCUCUCUUCAGCUGGAUGGUGGCGUUCAUCUUCGAACGAGGGUUUCGAGAUCCCGAGUAUGGCAAACACCCACCUGGCAUCACAACGUUUUAUUCGCAGUUCAUCGUCGUGCAGAUGAACCGCUCGUUCGAGAAGUACCGCGGCUGCAGCGUUGAGGCACAAAAGUGGAGGGAUGAAGAUAAGGCGUUUAUUGAUAUGAUGGGGAAAAUGUCAUAUAAGAUGAUACAAGAAGGCCGCGACUGGUUUACAGUGGAAGAUUUGACCGCCGUCAACCUGACCUAUGAAGAUUUACGCAAUCGCAAUGAAUUAACCACUGAGGUCAAACGAAGGAACGAAGACAUUCAAACUUGGAUCUUUAAGUUUGUUCACAUUACCGUUCAAGAGUACAUGGCUGCCAUGUACGCGUAUGUGGCGUUUAGGAAACAUGGUAAAAACGUGAUCGAACCAAGCAAAAUGUCUUGGUUCCAGGGUUCAAACAAGGAUCGGCCUGUGAUUGAUCUGUACCGUCCCGCCAUUGACCGCGCUCUGGUGUCUCCGAAUGGUCAUCUGGACAUGUUCCUGCGGUUCCUGGUCGGAUUGGUGACUCCAGGAACUGAGGACAACCUGCGCGGAUACCUGCUCAAUCACUACCACCCCAAAGCCAAAGGCACGGAGGAAGUGGUCAAAUACAUCAACAAAAAAAUGAGAGAGAACAUCCAUCUUGACAGGAGAAAAAAUCUGGAGUUGUGUCUGGUGGAGCUGGAGGAAGGCAAAGAGGGAAGAUGAGAAGAAACAAAGCAGGACAGCGUUCAAUCUGUUAAGCGGGACUGUGAAACACUAAACUAAACGCAGUGUCCCGCAGGAACGACUCGGUUAAAGGGAUGGUUCACCCUGUCAUUAUUAACACUACUGGUCAAAAGUUUGGAAUAAUUUGGAUUUUUAAUGUUUUUGAAAGUCUCUUCCAAGGCUGCGUUUAUUUGAUCAAAAACAGUAAUAUUGUGAAAUGUUAUUUCUACUUAAAAUAGCUGUUUUCAGUUUGAAUAUAUGUUAAAAUGUAAUUUAUUUGUGUAAUGCAAAUCUGAAUUUUCAGCAUCAAUACUCCAGUCUUCAGUGUCACAUGAUCCUUCAGAAAUCAUUCUAAUAUGCUGAUUUGCUAAUUAUUGUCAGUUGUUGUGAAAAUUGGUACUUUUUUUUUUUUUUUUGAUGAAUAGAACAUUAAAAAAAGAAACAUUUAUUUGAUGCAAUCUUUUGUAACAUUAUAAAUGUCUUUACUGUCAGUUUUGAUCAAUUUAAUGUAUCAUUAUAUAGCAUCAGAAAUGUUUCUUGAGCAGCAAAUCAGCAUAUUAAUGAUUUCUGAAGGAUCAUGUGACACUGAAGACUGGAGUAAUGAUGCUGAAAAUUCAGCUUUGAUCACAGGAAUAAAUUACAUUUUAAAAUAUAUUACAAUAGAAAACACUUACUUUAAAUUGUAGUAAUAUUUCACUUGUUUUUACUGCAUUUGAUUAAAUAAAUGCACCCUUAGUGAACAGAAGUGACUUUAAAAAAAACAUUAAAAAAAUCCUAAUGAUACCAAAGUUUUGAUCAGUAGUGUACGUCAUUAACAUCUUUGGUCACUGCAGCUUUUAUUGAUUGGGAUAACACAUUUUUCUUCUUUUUUGUUAAGAUAAAAUCCGCUGAUCUGAGUGACACAGUAGUGUGUAAAUGAUAAAUUCAUGUGAAUAAACUCUUAUUUAUGGGGUGAACUGUUCCUUUAACUCUUUUUGGUGCUGUGAGCCGAGAACAUCAGUUUGCUUGUUUGAGUCAGUGUGAUGUGUUUGCUUCAGGCUUUCUUUAGCUAAAGAGAAUGAGAAUAGCCAAUUAUAGCACUAAUAAUUGUUAAAGCGCACACGAUGCUUAAAGGGACUGAAGACCUGGAUGUGCACUUUUCAACAUCAAUCACUGCUUUCCAGAAUCACCAGUAUCUAAAGAAGACAAAAUCUAGCAAACAUUCAUUAAGCAGUAACAUGAAUAACUAGACUGUUAUUCUGACAGAGCAGCAUGUUAUGAUGCUUUUAUUCAUUGUUCUUUACUUAUAUAAGUAGUCACUGUUUUUCAGGUUUUAGGAAAUCACAAAAGAUUGAUUUUUAUUUUUAUUUUUUAUGUUUUGUGUCGCUUGCUUCAGAUUUACACUUCAUAAAGAAAUCAUGUAGUUACUCAUCCAGACUUUUGAAAGUGUUCAAUUAGUCUGGUCUGCUCAUAUACACUGACAGUUGAUGGAUUUGAGGUAAAAAAAAUAAGGAUUCAGUUUAUCACCACUGUGUCUUUGACCAACAUUAAUAAUAAAAGUGUGUCUAGUGGUGGA